GCGUGUAUUCAAGCUAUCCUGAUACACGUGCAUCUGGAUUCGUGUUGCGCUCCAAACUGUAGACUCUGACUGGGGGAGUUUACGUUUGCUUCAAUGGUGUUAAAAGAUCCUAAUAAAUUUGGUGACAAGGAUGUUAACAAAAAGCAUCGUCCACGUGUCAGCGGUCGUAAAUCUCAGAAAAAAUCUUCACGGGAGUCAGCAGUAGCGAAUAAUCCUAAGGCAUUUGCUGUCCAACACACAACUAAAGCGUCGCGCCUAGUCCAGCGUACACUUGAUCACCAGACUAAAAGACAUCAUUUAUUACAGUCCAAAUAUGUUUCGGCUGUUUCCCCACCAUACAUAGUUGCAAUUGUCGGGCCUCCGAAAUCAGGCAAAAGCACACUUCUUCGUGGACUAUUAAGACACUUUGCACAUUUGUCACUUGGUGUCAUUAAAGGUCCAGUGACUGUAGUAGUCGUAUGUUAGAUGCUGCGAAGAUCGCUGAUGUCGUUUUGUUACUCGUCAAUGUCCGUGCAGGAUUAGAAAUGUAUCAUUUUGAAUUCAUUAAUAUGAUACAAGCUCAUGGAAUGCCGAGAGUUAUCCCUGUUUUAAAUCACUUAGAUACAUUUAAGGAUUCUAGCUCUUCUCGUGCACUUCGAAGAAAAAUUAAACAUCGCCUAUGGACCGAUCUUAACUCCAAAAUAUUUCUCCUCACACGUUUCCAAGCGAAAAAAUUUUCCUCUCAUAAACCUGAUGGACGGAAUGCAAGCGACGCUCCAGGUGAUUAUUUGCUAAACGAAGUCAGACGUUUGGCUCGGUUAAUAAUGGUCAAAACUCCUCGCCCUUCAGAUUGGCGUAGCUCUCAUCCUUACCUACUAAUUGAUCGAAUAGAAGAUGUAACGGACAGCAAAAUGUUGUCUAACAACAUAAAUACUGAUCGUUGUAUUAGUUUGUACGGGUGGGUUCGUGGUGCCCCCUUACCUCCAGCAUUAAUGUCUCCUGGGAUACACAUUGCAGGACUUGGUGAUUUUGCUUUAGUUGAAUGCACUCAACAACCUGAUCCCUGCCCAUUACCGGGUAUGUCCACUCAUUCUAACAGUACUGAUCCUGUGAAACCAACAAGACAUUUGUCUGAACGUGAUCGAAAAAUAUAUGCUCCAAUGUCAAGUCUCGGUGGUGUUCUUUUCGACCGGGACGCGACAUAUAUUGAUCUUGGAGGCAGUCACUAUCUAACUAAUCGUAAAUCUCAACAUGGAAGUAAUCAAACACCAAAUGUUAGUCAGUCUAUGUUAGAUGAAUUACAUGCAACUUUCAAUGAAACUGGUGGGUUGGAUGAGCGAUUAGAUAAGACACAUAAGGUUCGUAUGGUCAGUAAUGCACCGUUUCUAUCUGAAAAAGAAGAAGUGGAUAAUCAUGAUGGUUCUCAUAAUCUCGACAGUUUGAUGAAUGAUGUUACAAUGGAAGAACUAAAUGAUGUGAACUCUGACAAGUGUACUGAUGAGAUACGUGUAUUUUCAGAAGAGCCUAUUGCAGGAUUUCUUGUCCCGGCUGGAUUUCAGGAAAAUGGAAACGUGCAGAAGAAGAACCAAGAUCCAUCAGUGUUGAAGAGUGCACAUAUGCAAGUAAAACAAAUUUUAGAUGAUAUUGAAUGGAAAUCUACAACUGCAUCAUUAGUCAAUUGGAACCGUAUUGUUUAUGGUAUAAAUAAUAAUACAAAUGAAAUUCCCUCUAAAAAUUCUAAUCAACCAAUCAUUGGAGAUCAUGAUUUUACUCUUUGUUCAAUUCAUAAAUCAACUGUAUUAUCAUGGGAGGAUUCAUCAUCUCAUGAUUUAAUUCGUAAUCUAUUUACCACUGGUCAAUGGGGUGAAAAUGAAGAUGCUCAAACAUUAUUAGAAAAAGAUGCUAAAGCACGUGAAGAAUUAAAAAUGAAUGAGGCUAAAAAAUAUGCUGUCGCAUCUGGUAGUCAUGUACAGCAUACUUACGAUGGAAAACAAUCAUUUUAUGAUAAUGAUUCAGAUGAUUUUGAUAGAGUAGAAAACAAUUCUGAUGACUAUGGUGAUGAUGACGAUGAUGAUGUUGAAGAUGGUGAAUCGAAUAAUGAUGAAGAUGGUUUUAAUCAUGAGUCAGAUGAUGAAAAUAUUUUUCAUGAUUCAAACUCUGAGGACGACAAUAAUACAAGUAACAAUAAAAGUAUUACAUCAAAAGACUUAACAAAUUUGGAGAGUGAAUACGAUAAGAAUUUACUACGGCCAACUAAACGGCAAAAAAUAUUAGAGAAAAGACAACGUCAUAAAGCUUUAUUUAACCAACUUUAUGAAGCAGCUGGUGGUGGUCCUGAAGCUACUGCAUUCUAUGAUAAACUUGUUGCUACACGUGAAGCACAACAAGCAUUAAAUCGAGAAGUUUUAAAAAGUUUACCUGAAGAAGCUGUUAAUCAAUUAGAAGGUUUUCCACCAGGAGUUUAUGUUCGAAUUGAAAUUAAAGGUGUUCCACAUCAAUUUCUGACACGAUUUGAUCCCUGUCAACCAUUAGUUGCUGGUGGCUUAUCCAGUGCUGAAGAAGCUUUUGGCUAUCUACAAAUUCGUUUUCGUACACAUCGUUGGCUUAAACGUGUUCUUCGUUCAAAUGAUCCAUUAACCGUAUCAAUUGGUUGGAGACGAUAUCAAACUGUUACAGUAUUUUCACAAGAAGAGCAUAAUUUACGUAAACGUUACCUAAAAUAUUCACUACCACAUGAACAUUGUCUAGCAACUAUAUAUGGUCCAUUAGUACCACCAAAAACUGGAGUUAUUGCUUUUGUGAAUUCUUCCUGGCAAUCAGUUGAUGAUCCAAAAAAUCCACAUUUACCAGCUUUUCGUGUCGCUGGUACUGGCAGUGUCAUUGAUACUAAUCAAUCAUUUCAAAUAAUGAAAAAAUUGAAACUAAUUGGUGAACCAUUCAAAAUUUUUUCAAAAACCGCAUUUAUUCGCGGUAUGUUUAAUAGUCCUUUAGAAGUGAGUAAAAUGAUUGGUUGUCGUAUACAAACUGCAUCGAAAAUACGAGGUUUAAUUAAAGCUGCAUUAACUAAUCCUUCAACAUCAAAACCUGGCGAUUUUCGUGCUACAUUUGAAGCACAAAUUAGGAAAGCUGAUAUAGUUUUCUUGAGAACAUUUUUUGCUGUUGAACUGCCAAAAUAUUAUAAUCCAGUUCUUAAUAGACUUUUACCUAUUGUUGGAGAAAAGGAUAAAAAUAUUACAGGUUGGCGAUUACUUCGUACAUUAGGUGAACUUAAGUGGGAAGCUGGUAUCAAAACAGAAUGUAAUCCAGAUUCACAGUAUAAACCUAUAAAUCGUCCAAUACAUGUUACAGCACCUUUACGUAUACCAACCAAAUUGGCUGCAGCGCUUCCAUUUGCAGAUAAACCUAAACCAUCACGUAAAGAAGCAUUAGCUAUGCUUGGUGGAGAUCCUGUAAAAGCUGCUUUAAAUGCUGAAUUACCUGCUCCAGUUAAAACUGCUGAUGAAAUGGAAUCUGAAUCAAGACAAGAGUUAAUAACGCGCCUACGUCAAUUACACUCAGAUUUUAUGCAACGUCAAAAACAGAAAAUGAUUAUUCGUGUAACAAAACAUAAGAAAAAAUUAGCUAAAGAAAAUGCCAUUAAAGUUGCUAAUGAACGUAAAAGACGAAAACAAUAUUUUGCUCGUAAAUCAUCUCGUGGUGGUAAACGAGCUCGUCGAUCAAAUGGUGAAGACUAAGCAACUACACUUCAAAGAUCAUUUCAUACCUUGUACAGAAUAUUAAUGAUAUUUCAAAUGUUUUGUUUUGUCUUCCUACUUUAUGAUUCGAAAUACUCGAUUUUCAGUCGUUAAGUGGUUAGUUCGAGACCUCAUCCCAUCUACUGCGGAUUAAAUUAAUGUGAAUAUGAUCAUUAGUCUUCAUACAAAAGCUUAGCUCAAAGUUCCAGACGCACGAAUCUACAGUAUUGCUUACCGUGCUCAACUGGGUUAUUAAUAACACGACGUGAGUAGGUGAAAUGUAUUUACUCAUCUGAGCACUGAACGCUGAUAGCAAGACUUCUUCGUUGUUGAGGUGGGAGCUUUUAAUACAACUGCGUAAUUAUUAAUAGUACGAAGGUCGAUUUAAUUCACCCCGAUAGACUGAACAGUACUUUGACUAUGAUACAGUCUGAUGUAUGUAAAAAUAGAGGUGACUAGUCUUUCUGGGAUGGGUUCCGUAUCUUGAGAUGAACCUAUGUAAUAAUUAGUAAGAAAUAAC